AUGUCUUCUCUUCAGCUCAUUGACGAGAACAAGACUUUCAAUGAGCAAUUAUUGCCCUAUAUUCAGCGAUAUUAUGACGGCAAGGACGACAAUGGCCUCAAUUACCACAUAGUGUCCGUGUUCGGGUCCCAAUCAACAGGAAAGUCAACAUUGUUGAACCGUCUUUUUGGCACGGAAUUCGAGGUCAUGGACGAGGCGAAAAGACAACAGACCACGAAGGGCAUUUGGAUAUCCCACGCGAAGUAUAUAGCGUCUUCCAAGGCCGAGUCUGGGCGUACUGAGAACAAUAAUCAUGUGUUUGUUCUUGACGUCGAGGGUGUGGACGGAAGAGAGAAAGCAGAUGAUAAGGACUUUGAGCGUAAGUCAGCUCUCUUUGCGCUCUCUACGUCCGAGAUACUAAUAGUUAAUAUUUGGGAGCACCAGGUCGGACUUUAUCAGGGUGCCAACAUGGAGCUUCUCAAAACUGUGUUUGAAGUCAACCUGAGCCUUUUCCACUCAAACAGACAAAAGUGCUUGUUGUUGUUUGUGGUGCGUGAUUUCACAGGCGUUACGCCACUAGAGAAUCUUGAAGAGAAUCUCAAAACCGACCUGAAUAAGAUCUGGGAGAGUUUGAGCAGGCCCGAAAAUUGUGAAGGUCUUAAGAUAACCGAUUUUUUCGACCUCAGCUUCGUUAGCAUUUCCCACAAGCAUUUCCAGAAAGAGAGGUUUGAGGAGGACAUCCGUCUGUUGGGUGAUAAGUUUGCAUCUGAUUCCCUUUUCAAACAGGAGUACCACAGAAAUAUCCCUAUAGACGCUUGGACAAUCUAUAUGGAUCAAAUCUGGCAGCAAAUUGAGCUGAAUAAGGAUCUUGAUCUUCCAACACAACAAAUAUUAGUUGCAAGAUUUAGGUGCGAUGAGAUUAUGCAACAGGCGUACGACAUUUUUGAAGAGCAGUAUCAAAUGGUUAAUUUUGGUGAACUGGAGGACUCGCAAGUUUUUGCCGACGCUUUGAAACAGUUGCGUUCCGAAGCGCUUGCGCCAUAUGAUAGCUCUGCCUCCAGAUACACCCAAAGCGUGUAUCUUGAACGCAGGGAGCAACUAAUCAAGAAGAUUGAUCAGAGACUAACAGAGACGAACUCACAAAGACUGAAUUCUGUGAUCAAGAAGCUCGUGAGUCAGUUCAGCGAGCAAGUCCAGAUUGCAAAGAAAAAACGCGACGCAAAGUUCAGUGGUAUACUAGAAGCUCAAGCUGCUGCCAUUGUGGCUCAAUUCCGCGAAGACGCCAGCAAGUGUAUUUUUGAUCAUUCGCGCGAGCUGGAACAACUGGAGCAAGAACUGAGUGAUGUCAGUGAGCAAUUGAGACACAAGGAGAAAAAUCUGCUAUUGUCUAGACUCACCAAGAAGUUCCAAACCCAAUUCAAGGAGAAGUUGACAGAGAUUACUGGAGACCCAUCAAUAGAUCUUUGGGAUAGAGUCUUGAAUGAGUUCAGUGAGAUCACACAAAGCCUGGAGUCGAAAUACGUCUCCGAUGAUUCAUAUGAUUAUCAGCUAGGAAUGACAGAGCAAGAAAACAAGGAUACACACAUCCAACUACUGCAGUCAUUCUGGACCAAGUUCAAAGACAUCGUUCACGAUUAUGUGACAGAAGAUACAGUCUCGCGUAUUCUAAGAAACAAAUUCGAGGAUCUUUUCAGAUACGACGAUAAUGACGUCCCGAGGGUGUGGCUGAAUACGCCAGAGAUUGACCAGCAGUAUAACAAAGCUAGAGACACAGUGCUGAGUCUGCUACCGGUGUUUAGCAAGAUGGUGUUAGCUAGAACCAAUGAGGAAAUUGUUCCGCCAGUGAACAUCUCCACUACUGACUCCGAGGAGCUGGAUGAAGACGACAAGGAGAGCACAUUUGCCGAGCUUUUGUCAACCAAGCAGCAGAAUGGAGCGCUGUCCAGGGUUAAGAAGGAGAUGGAUGCCAUUUAUAUCGAGGCCAAACGUUCGGUGAUGGCCAACACAACCUCCAUUCCUCUCUGGAUGUAUGGCUUGGUUCUUGUUUUGGGAUGGAAUGAGUUUAUGGCUGUUUUGCGUAACCCAUUGCUGUUUAUGCUGAUUAUCAUCCUUACUACCGGGGCCUAUUUUGCUAACUAUAUGGACCUGCUACGUCCAAUGCUGAGUGUUGCGGGGGCCACUUUCACACACACCAAAACGGUGGCCAAACAGAAACUGCGAGAGCUCGUUGAGGAAGCGGAAGCUGCAAAGGCCGAUGUCAAGGCAGAGGUCAACGAGGCCAAAACCAAAUAG